AUGCGGCAUGCGGUGAUGUUGUGUUGUUGUGCUCAUCAUGCACGUGGAUGAUGCUUUGAUGUUCAAGAUUCUAGAUCGUCUCGAUUGACGACAUCCAACCACCCUCUAAGCCCCAUGCGUGAGAGAAUGUUGCUGCCUUAGAUGAUCAUGUCUUCAGAAAGCGAUCUUCCCAGCAUGCAACAGAUGACGUCAGUGAUCCAAAUGUACUAGCCAGUACAACAAUUUAAGUUUAUUAUUCUCGAUGUGCUAUGGACAGAAUGAGUGCCAAUAGUAAAUGUAUCAGUCGUUCACCUGCUGGCCCUGCAAGGCGACGAUCUCAGCGUAUCGCACGAAGCACUUGGAGGAAUGACAGUGCAGUAGAUCCUGCACGGCAAACAUCUUUAAGUUCAGCACCAUCUUUCAGCGCAUACAGCAAAAAGUAUGGCCUGCGGUCUUCUGAGAGUAAGACAAAAAUACAACAAAUGCCUGGGAACUCUUCUGGGAAAAGAAAGCAAAGCAGCCUUGUCUCUGAUUUGGAGACUCCUCCUACAAAAAAUCUACGAACGUCAAAGCAAGCUACCUCUGAAACAGUGGCGGACAGUUCCAGGGCUGGCCCAAGCCAGUUUGUUUCUGUCAACGCGAGAAAGAAACUGCAGUCGAACUCAAAGCCCUCCCCUGCUGUGAAGUUAUCAUCAGAUCUUGUUGAUGCUGUGAUUGCUGGGCAGUCCAGGAAAGUGGCUAAAAUUCUAAAGGCUCUCGGCCAUACUGAUACCACAGGUAUACCUUUUCAGUGGGUUAAAGACACUUGUUUGUAUGAAGCUGUAUUUCGGGGAAAUUUGCUCAUGGUACAAACUUUAAUCUACAACGGUGCAGAUGUUUCGUUUGAACAACACGGACGAAAUUGCUUACGUCUGGCAGUUAAAAGGGGAUAUGUUGAUAUUGUAGAGUUUCUUUUGUCAUACUUGUCAAGGAAUAUGAUAAAGGAACGCAUAAUUGAGGGCACUGAUAGAUGUGGUAACACCCUUCUCAUCCUAUGUCAGAGAAGUAAUGCUGCAGCUCACUUCACCAAGAUUCUGUUGUCGGAAGGAGCAGCAGUCAAUACUCAAAACAAGGAGGGGGAGACUGCACUGAUGAAAGCCGUGAGGUCUCAAAACUUGAAAUCUGUGUUGUAUUUACUGAAGGCUGGGGCUAAUGUAGAACUCAAAAACAAAAAGGGAAAGACUGCAAGAUCCUUGGCAGCUGCCAUGGGCAUGAAGGGCUUGAUAGAUAUAUUAGGUCCAGACUCUAGUGAGCAGGCCUUGAGCCCUUUAAUGAGAGCAGCUAAAGCCCAGAAGAUGACUCUUUUGGAAUUAUUACUAAUAUCAAGGAUGUUUGAAGUAAAUGGGGAAGAGCUUGGUGAUGAAACAAAGAAAGACACUGCUCUUUCUAUGAUUUUCAAUUCAAAGUGGAAAAAUGGGCCAGUUCAACUCACUGGUACCAGACGGGACAGUGAAUAUUUGAAGUCUGGUUUUCUCCCUUUCACUGUCAAAGAAAGAGAGGUCAUUGCAAUACUGGUGAAAGGAGGUGUUAGUAUUCAUACUGGAGGAAGAUUUACUGUUUGGAACAGUCCUUUUCUUACUGUGCUCAGGCUUGGGGAUUACAAUCUUCUGAACAUUUUUAUCCAAGGACAAAAAUGGAUUGGAAAUGGUGCGUCAUAUGCCAAAGCACUUGAGAUUGCAGCCACUGAUGGUCGUUGUGAUCUUAUAGAUCUUCUGACUCCAGCUGUAAAGUCUUUGUCUAUUCUCUUUGAUGUUCGUGCUGUGUGGGGAGAAGAUUUCCAACAGGCUUUACAUGCAGUCUUGAGGGUAGGCAGCAGGCAAUGUGUGUAUCGAAUCUUGGACCUCGUACAAGAUAUAAUUGAUUUCACGCAAGCCAUGUCAACGGCGGCAAAUUCAGGUCGUUACUCGAUUUUCAUGCUUUUGAGAAAUGCUUUCCCGAAAAAAUUUGAACUUCUCAUAUCCCGUGAUGAAGGGACAGAAUGGCUGUCCCACGCUUGUUUAGGCAACUGUUUCACCAUUGUGAACAGCCUUCUGAAAUCUGGUGCGGCUCCCAAUGGUAAAUUAACAUUGGACCAGCCUCUAAUAUGCUCAAAAUCUGCAAUGGUCUCUGAAUUGCUCUUACAAUAUGGUGCGGAUGUGAACAGGCCCUGUCUUUUGCUCGACCCUUUAGAUGGCACGUUUCACGAAACCACAGCUCUGUGGCGGGCAGUGGUCUCCAAUUCCAUUAACAUUGUCAGGGUUUUGAAGAAGCAUGGGGCGACUACAGACAUCAGUCUAGUCAAUAUUACUCUCUUGGGGGACUUUUGUAGUCGGAAAAUGCAGAGGUUGAUUCUUAAUUUUGACUUUGAUCCCAAUCAAGCGGAUAGACAAGGAAUACUUCCAAUUUGGGUUGCUGCAAGUAGAGAUGACGUGGAAUCUCUUGAGACCCUCAUCAAGAAAGGUGCUGACGUGGAUCUGAAAACUUUUUCUUCACCACCCGCCCUUGUUACUGGGGCUGAAAGUAAAAGUCCAGAGGUCAUUCGCUGCUUGCUUAGUCAUGGUGCAGAUGUGGACAAUACUGAUGUGGAUGGUGACACACCUCUCAUUGUAGCCGCUGUAUCUGAUGAUGGGACCAUCAUACGAAUGCUCAGAGAAAAAGGUGCACAACUUAACGCUACUAACUGUACCGGUCGUACAGCUCUGAUGGUAGCAUAUAAUGCCAAGAACUUGGCAGCGUUUUACUGUUUGCUUGAUCUUGGCGCAGACCUAAAUGUCAAAGAAAAUGGUGAAACUUUGCUGUCCAGGUCGCUUCGUGAGAGGCAAGUUGACCCACUGUAUGUUCAAGCACUUCUCAUGCAUGGAGGAAAAGUGUCAUCAAGGGAAGCUCUGUUUGCUGUCCACAACUGCAUUGCCACUAAACAACUGGGCGUUCUGUCCACUUUGAUACACUGUGGGGGUUUUAUUCCCACUCUCUUAAAUGAGCACUCACCUUUCUGUAGGGCUCAGUUCCCGCUAGUGUCAGCUUGUGCAGAUGUCUUCUCUCCCCUUUGUAUGGCACUUUUAUGUAACCGUGUGGAGAUUGCUCGGGACAUGCUGAAAGCUUUCUUUUUAACAGCGUCAGAUCUGACUCUUUUGCCGAGACACAAAAAAGUGAGAGAACUACUGAAUGGCAGAGGGUACCUUGAGAGUCUGCAGGUCCUUGACGAAAUGUCAUCCUCCCCGCCCUCUCUGAAACUGCUCUGUUUUGUUCAGGUGUCUGAUUUGUGUGGCCCUGUACCAGGGCGCAGGGAGAGAGUUGCCCAGCUUGAGCUUCCAGUUUGUUUGAAAGAGUCUCUUAUGUUCACUGCCAAUGAUCAGUCUAUUGGGAGAAAGUGCUGCUGCUUGGUGGAAGACCCAUCUGAAUUGCAAAUUGGAAGCUAUGCGGGCGAUGGAUAUUCUAUUUGGGGUAGAGAUGAGAUGAGGGAUCCAUUUGUACUGAGCUAACUAGUCAAACGUACAGUUGAUUGUUGUGAAUUCAAAACCAUUGAUUAUUGAUUGGUAGUAAAGGAGUGACAUGACAGUUGAAUCAGGCACUCGUCAAAGUUUGGGCAUAUAUGAAGUAAUUGGGAAAACAGUGUCUGCCUAACAGCAACCCUUUUGAGAAGCAGGCCAUGAUUGUUGUUUGGUAUUAAGUUGUUGCUAAACGGACGCUCUGAGGGGGGGGGGUUAAAUCUGCAAUCCCCAAACACUCGCGCGCACACACACACACACACACACACACACUCGCUCAUGUGUCCUAAUUGCAGGAUGGAGUGAUGUUGUAAUAUCAGAAAGUAAUAACAAUAGGCAGCAACAGUAGCUGAGGUUUGAUGUACUCAAUCUUUGUAAGAUGGUAUUGUUAUACACAGUGUCCGAGAUAUCCCCCCAGCUCUCGGGGAGAGGUUAUGAAUACUAUGAGUGUACCCAAUGUAGUAUAUUUUUGGCCAUAGCAGGUUUUGUGGAUAGGGAGGAUGCAUACAGGAAUUAUAGGCCUAAUCUAAGUGUGACAUGCUGAUUUUGAAUAGCCAAAAAAUAUAUUUAUAGCAACAACGAUUGUUAGAGGGAAAGGUUGCUGUUAAUGGGAGGGGGGGGGGGUUAUUGGAAAAUUCCUAAUUCCGUGCCGUUAUACAAGGUAAAGUUGCUGUUAGGUGGUGGAGGUGGCCAGUGUCAGAGAUAAAAUAAGUGAGAGAAAGUGGUUGCCAAAGUUGGAUGGCUUUCAAAACUUGAGCGUUCUUGGAAAAUGCAAUUUUAUGUUUUUUAUAACAUUGAUCAUUUUAAGUUCCCCUACAAAUGUGUUUGACGGGUGCCUGAUUCCACCACGAUGCCACACAUAUUUUGUACAGGAUAUUUUAAAAUUACACGGUGGCAUCUGGUUCAGUCGAAUUUUAAGUAUAAUUUAUAAAAAUUCCUUUCAAGACAGUUUCUAAUGCCUCUAUUGCAAAAAUGAGCACAUAAGUGUGCUUUUCCCCCCUUUUUUUUCAAAUUAUUUUUUUUUAAAGUUAGUGCUGUUUUGAAGCUUUAAGUGAAUGGACACAUUCAUUUUGAAAAGUGUAGUUUCAGUAUUUUAUUUUAUCAUCAUACUCUAAAUUCUUCAGUGUUGAAAGGGUAGUUUUAGUUUUCAACCCAUACUUUUAUUAGUAACCUAAUUUUGAAAAAGUUUUGUCCCACCCUGUGUUUUUAAGUGUUGUACCUUUGUUCAUUGUCUGUCAUUCCCAGUUCUUCUUAUACCAUGGAAGACACACAUUACGUUGUGCUCUUUGAUAAUAAAAUGUAUUACUAUUAGAAUUAACAACAAUUUACUCAUCAUUUGUCAAUUCCUCUGCAUAACUGUGGGAGAGUUUUUGUCUGUUAUUUCUUUCUUCUCCCAAGAUUACUUUUUUUUUCCCCCAGGGGUGGUGGAUUUGUGGAAAGGUU